AUGGAGAACUACACGCUGUGGACUAAUUUUACGCACGUCCUGUCGGAGCUGGAAGGCGCGGAGGAGGAGGAGGAGGAGGGCGGAGAAGAAGAAGAAGGGAGCGGCGGCGGGCUGCGCGUGCUCGUGGCCUGCAUCCUCUUCCUGCUCAUCGUGUCCACGCUGCUCGGGAACACGCUGGUGUGCGCAGCCGUGGUCAAGUUCCGCCACCUGCGCUCCAAAGUCACCAACUUCUUCGUCAUCUCCUUGGCCGUGUCCGACUUGUUCGUGGCCGUGCUGGUGAUGCCGUGGGAGGCCAUCACCGAAGUGACCGGCACGUGGCUGUUCGGUCGCUUUUGCGGGGUCUGGAUCGCUUUCGACAUCAUGUGUUCCACGGCCUCCAUCCUCAACCUGUGCAUCAUCAGCGUGGACCGAUACUGGGCCAUCGCCAGCCCCUUCAAGUACGAGCGCAAGAUGACCCACAGGGUGGCCUUCGUCAUGAUCGGGGUCGCCUGGACUUUGUCGAUUCUGAUCUCCUUCAUCCCCGUGCAGCUCAACUGGCACCGCGACGGCGAGGAGGACAAAGCGAUGACCGAGGUUUUGUUGUCGAACUUCUCCAACAGCAGCGACCUCAACAGCAGCUCCGUCGCCAAGAGUUGCGUCGCCAACCUGAACCGAACCUACGCCAUCUCGUCGUCGCUCAUCAGCUUCUACAUCCCCGUGGUGAUCAUGAUCGCCACGUAUACCCGGAUCUACCGGAUAGCCCAGACCCAAAUUCGCCGGAUCACGUCUUUGGAGAGAGCGGCGGAGCAGGCGCAGCACCAAGGUCAUGGUCCAAACCGGAACCAGGCGCAUCGGCCCAACGACGAAGCCUCGCUGAAGUCUUCGUUCAAGAAGGAGACCAAAGUCCUGAAGACGCUGUCCAUCAUCAUGGGCGUGUUCGUCUUCUGCUGGCUGCCGUUCUUCGUCCUCAACUGUACGGUCCCGUUCUGCGACCCGCCCUGCAUCAGCGACACCACCUUCACCGUCUUCGUGUGGUUCGGAUGGGCCAACUCCUCCCUUAACCCUGUCAUUUAUGCGUUCAAUGCCGACUUCCGCCGGGCGUUCACCACCAUCCUGGGUUGCAACAGGAUCUGUUCGAGCAACGCGGUGGAAGCUGUCAACUUGAGCAACGAGCUCGUAUCGUACCACCACGACACGACGCUCCACAAGGAGGCGUUGGUCCCAGUGCAGGCGCUGCAGCACCCGUGCACCGUCAACAUCGAAUCGGAUCGCCUGGACGAUGUCAGCGCGCAGUUCGACGAGGGCUCGAUCAUUUCCAACUGUUCCAGGAGCUGCAACAGGUCGCUGCUGCUGCCUUCAGCCACGGUCCAGCUGGACGACGACCCCGAGAUUUCCCUGGAAACCAUCACGCCUUUUACCUCCACGGUGGCGCUGGAGUGUGACGCACUUAUACCUGGACAAGUCCACCGGGACGGAUAG